GAUUAUGAUUGAGACUGCUGGGAAUGCCUGCCCUGCGAUUGCUCUGUGGUUAGGGUUUAUCCUUGAAUCGCCCCCAUUAGGUUUUUUCCAUAAAUAGCCGCGGCUGCCUGUCUUCUAAGCGAAUUCUCCUCGCUCACGUCUCCUAUUGUCGAAUCCGCCUCGCUUCGUUCUCCUCCCUUCGCGAUCCAAUCUGGAGGAGUUACGAAGAAUCUGGUAAAUCUUGGGCGGAGAAGCUCGACAUAGCUCUCAAGGGUUUUGCUCGCCUCCGGCGACUUUCCUGCUUAGUUUUGUGAACUUGUAUGCUAUUGGGAUUUUGUGGUUGCAGGAUUUUUACUGGUCCUUCUUGUUGUUUAGCCUUCUCUAGUUGAUAAAAGCCUUCCUACACUCUGGCCGCUGUUGAAAAACCAUAUUCUUCUCGCACCUCUUUGUGGGUGUGGGGUUUUGAUGGUAAUGCAAGCAUACUGAUUUCGUUGUGGGUAUCAAAGGCAUCGAGCAUUUGGAGACUUUGCCGUGCGCUAGUAGGCCGCUCUCUCGACUACGGCUAAUGUCGAGAUGGGCUAAGAAUCGAUUCGGGCAGUAGAUUAUUUCCCUCCUUUUAGUUAGUCGCAUAUAACUUAUACUACGUGAUCUUGGUCCCUCCAUUGUGCACUAGUGAAAUGGUCAAGUUUUCCCGACUCUUCAGUUCUUUGCCGAUUCAUAAAUCGAAGAAAGUUGUUCAAGAGGCUAGUGGAACAAUGCAAUGCAAUUCUGCAAAACAUUCUGAAGAUCAAGAAAUUAAGCUUACUGCAGAUGAAUUUAGCAGUUCGGUAUCCCAACUGGAGAAAAUAACAGCCCCAUGUUUGCUGGAUACUGAUUGUAAAGAAGAUGAUUGUUCUGAAGAUAGUCAAGAGCUCCAUUUCAAGGCACAGAAGGCAGUUGUUCUUAAGGCAAAAAUUAGAAAAAGUAAAUCUGUUGGAAAUAUCUUGGACGAGGAAAGAGGUUCUCCCUAUAAUAUUAUGAUUCAGAAGAAUGAAUCAGAAGCAAGGUUUUUAUCUCAUGGGAUAAACCAAACUGGUAGCAUUAGUGGUAAGAAACUAGAUGAAUACCACACUGAUUAUGAAAAUUGCUCACAGAAACAGAUUCUUGAAUUCACCGAGUUUGCUGAACCAGUUCAACAUGAAUGCCUCUUUUCCAUUGGGAUCCAUGACCAGUCCAAUGCAGAGUAUAAUGACUAUGCUGACGAUGAAUCUCCUGACUAUGUUUCAUAUGAACAAUUAUCAUCAAAUGGCCAGUUCAUUAGUAGAAAGUCUUGUUCUCUAACUAACCUUGGAGGACAGACUAUUGACAUCAAUGAUGGCACUCUCAAGCUGGAGCCAAUGGGGCCUCAUUCGAACUCAGUUGAAAAUCUAUUAUCUGUAGAUUUUGGGAGAGGCCUGUUUUCAGAUGGCAACGCAGCAACUGCGUCUAGAGUUGUGCAAAAAACUGAAUUACAUUACAUUUCUGAUUGUAGUGAGAGUAAUGAGCUUUCAGAUUCAGACAAAGAUGGUAAAUGCUCAAUUAUGAAGUCUAAUAGUGGUAAUCAAUUGGUCGACAUCAUUGGUUCACCUUGUGAUAUGGAUUCUGGAGAGACAUGCCACCAUUCCAACUAUAAUCUCGAAUCCAAGGAGAUUGAGGAUCAGGAAAGAGAGGGGGGAAGUUGUUCUGAGAAGAUAAUUUUUGAUGUUUCUUCGGCUGAUGAGAAUUGCCCUGAUUGCAGUGAUCAACCUGAUAGUGCAGUGACUUGUGGUGUUGAAGAACCUUCUGUUGAAAAUUUGAAUGGGUCGAGUCCUGAAAAUUGUAAUAUUAAUCGGAUUGCAUCUUGGAUUAGUCAACUUGAUGUUCAGAAUUGUAACUAUGUCAAAGAAUUGGGUAAAAAUCCUCAUCUAAUUUCUGACAAGGUGCCAAGUAAGAAAGCUAGCAAAGUGGGAAGCAAAAAACUUGAUGCUAAAAGUAGUAUUGGAAUGAUAGCAGCUUACAAUUACAUUUCAUCCCUUAGUCCUGCUUCAUCGAGUGCACAGAUGACAAAUCUUGGUUUGGUUGCAACACCCGUUCUCAGUUCUUUUGUUAAUUUAAAGAUGCUGAAUUUAUCAGGCAACUUUAUAGUUAGGAUAACUUCAGGAUCUCUUCCAAAGGGUCUUCACAUGUUAAAUCUAUCAAAGAAUCAUAUAUCAGCCAUCGAAGGUCUCAAAGAACUUACACGUCUCCGUGUACUGGAUCUGAGUUAUAACAAAAUAAGUAGGAUUGGCCAUGGUUUGGCUUCUUGUUCAUCACUAAAGGAACUGUAUUUAGCUGGGAACAAGAUCAGUGAAGUUGAAGGCCUGCAUCGUCUCCUCAAACUAACCGUUCUCGACUUGCGUUCAAAUCGAAUAGCAACUUCAAAAGGUCUUGGUCAACUGGCAGCUAAUUAUGCUUCCUUGCAAGCAGUUAUCCUGGAAGGCAAUCCUGCCCAGAAGAAUGUCGGGGACGAGCAACUUAAGAAGUGCUUGCAUUAUCUUCUGCCUCGUCUUGCUUACUACAACAGGCAGCCCAUUCGCGCAAGUGGCUCAAAGGAUGUCACAGACCGUUCAAGUCGAUCCUUCUCCACUCAUCAGUUCGACCGUGCUUUUAGAUCAAAACACAAAGAUUUGCUUCAUGGAAACAAGUCAUCAUACGGGCGAACGAAGUCUGUCAGCGCCCUGAACUCAUUGAUUACAUCAUCCAGGAACAAGCACAAGUCUGUAACCUCCAAGCCAACCAAUAAUCUUCCGAGUGCGAAACCGCAAGGUCUGGUUUCGGAUAAUCCUUUACGGAGAAUCCAGAGUGAGGGAUCGUUCUGAGAAUGAUUAAGUUCAUUCUGCAGUUCAAGUACCAAUAAAAGGAUACUCUAGGAUCGAGUUAUCGCUUGUGGAAAAUAAUUUCUUGCCAGUCUUAUUGAACUGAGCUGUUAAUUUAGUUGUUUCUUCAUAUAAUUGUGCUUUUAUCGACUUUUAAGUAGAGUUGUUGAUGGAAUUUUUAUGUAGUAAUGAAUUGUCAAGUAUUUGUUACUUCUUCA